AUGUCGCCUCAAGGUCCCGCGACCUUCGUCACCACCGUAAACCGUUGGUAUAUCGACACACGGCCAUAUGUGCCCCAACCGCACAAUCCCAAAUCGCUCCACGAACUCCCGUUGCUCUCGACCGUACAGCGUUCCGAUCAAGAAGCCAUCACCCGAUUUAUUCGCCCCGCUGACCGCUUCAUGUCCCUGGCAAGCGCAUUGCUCAAGUACACAUUCAUCCACCGCCGCGCAAAGAUCCCCUGGUCCGAAGUUCAAAUAUCCCGGACACCAGCUCCUCAUCGACGUCCGUACUGGGAACCGCCCGAGAACUGGUCUACCACGGACAUUUACGACGACAGCGACCCUGCCGACGAUGAGUCAUGCCGGAUAAAAGGUCUCGAAUUCAAUGUCUCUCAUCAAGCCGGUCUCGUUGUCAUCAUCGGCUGCUCCACGCCCACCCCCCAGCUUCCUUCAUCCAUCACUCCGAAUCCUGGCCCGCUUUCCCCCACAGUUCUGGAUUCCCUGGCGGAAAUAGAUCUCGCCCGUCACCCAACAUGCACAGCUUUCGACCAUCCCGAUCUAGUCCGCCUGGGAGUGGAUAUAGCAUGCACAAACGAGGACAAGCGCACCCCGAAAGACCUGACGACACAGUCCAAAUUCGACGAGUGGAUUGAAAUUUUCGCCGAGAUGUUCUCCGACCGCGAAAGACGCCACAUGCGUCAAAUGCCGAUCCACGUCCCCAUCAAAGAGCGCGAGGAAGGCGAGUGGGGGAGCGAUUCGAGCUCGUCGUCGGCUGCAUCCUCGCCCACGGACGGGCCUGGUGGCGGAAACACCAAGUUCUUCCAGAACCAUGAGGCCAGGAUCAUCAACAUGAAGUUGCGCCGGUUUUACGCGUAUUGGAGUCUCAAGGAGGCGUAUAUCAAGAUGGUGGGCGAAGGAUUGCUGGCGAGUUGGCUGAGAGAACUGGAAUUCCUCGACGUCCAUGCUCCUCCUUCCCCACCGCUGCCCAAGCAUGACGGGCGCCCAUCCACAGCCUCGAACAGCCAGCCAAGGAACAGCAGUAAUACACACAGCAUUAUAGAAUCACAAGGCAUGCCUCUUCCUGCAUCCGCCGAUAUCUAUGCGCACAGGAAAUCCCUGGCGAACAUCCCUUCCGUACCUCCUCCAGUCGACACAUCCAAUGCGAGUGGUGGUCUCGCGGCACCAGCAACGGAUAUGUUCGCUAAGCGCGAAUCCGUCGGGAACAUUCUCACCCCACCUGGCGCAUCAUCCGACACGCACCGUCGAAGAUCCUCGAUCCCUGCCGCCGACAUGUACGCGCAGAGAAGACCAUCCGUCGCCUCCCCGAUAGAGGGCAACAAGCCCCGAAAGCUCUCCAUACCCGCCUCCGCCGCGAUAGCCCCGGGAUCUUCCCAAGGUUCUCACGCGCGCAACCGUUCGCGCGACUACCUCUCUCCCUUUCCCGACUCCCCCAGCACCACACCUUCGCUCCUCGAACCGCCCCUCCCAGCAGCGCGCCCUUCCUCGCCCAACGGCCGUGGCCACCACCCCUCCCCCGUCGAGACCGCGAAAUGGACACCCCCCAACCAAGCCGAGAGGGGCAUGACCACCCUGCUCCGCGGCAACCGGGUGGAAGACGUGCAGAUCGAGCUCGUGGCGUAUGACCAGGACUUUAUGAUCGCGACUGCCAUGAGGGGCGUCAAGGAAAGGCCCAUCUCCGGCGGUGACGGCGGUGCAGGCUGGGGCGAAGGCAGUGGGUGGUGGUUGAGGUUGGAUAUUGAGGAGGACAUCAGACCCUGCGCUGAGGGCUGGUGUAGCUGUUUAGAAGAGUAG